AUGGCCAAGACGUUCACCCGCGACGAGGUCGCCAAGCACAACACCGAAGAGGAUGUCUGGUUCAUCAUUGACAGCAAGGUCUACGAUGUCUCCGAUUUCCUCGACGCCCACCCCGGUGGUGAGGCUGUCCUGCGACAGGUUGCCGGUACCGACGCCACCGCGUCUUUCUAUAACCUCCACCGACACGAGGUUCUCGCCAAGUACGAGGACCUCUGCGUUGGCACAGUCCAGGGCGAGAAGCCAUCGAUCAUUACCCCGAAGCCCGGUGACCUGAGCCCUGUGCCGUACGCCGAACCCCUCUGGCUCUCGCCCGUUUUCAAGAGCCCGUACUACAACGAGAGCCACCGCCGUCUACAGAAGGCGAUGCGUGUGUUCCAGGACAAGUACAUCACACCCGAGGCGCAGGCCCGUGAGGCGGACGGAAAGUACAUCUCGCAAGAGCUCAUAGAUCGCAUGUCUCAGGCGGGCAUCCUGCACAUGCGCUUGGGGCCUGGAAAGCACCUGCACGGCGUAAACCUGCUUGACGGCGCUGUGAAGGGCGAGGAGUUUGACUACUUCCAUGACCUGAUCAUGGGCCAGGAAGGGUCGAGAGCAAAUGCCCGUGGUUUCCAAGACGGAAACAUGGCUGGUAUGGUCAUCGGAUUACCUUGCAUUAUGAACUAUAUGAAGGACCAGCAGCGAAAGAAGGCCAUCAUGGACGAGGUGUUCAGCGGCAAGAAGAAGAUGUGUCUCGCCAUCACAGAGGCAUUUGCCGGUUCCGAUGUGGCUGGCCUGCGGACGACAGCCACAAAGACUCCCGAUGGCAAGCACUACAUCGUCAACGGUACCAAGAAGUGGAUCACCAACGGAGUGUUCUCCGACUACUUUGUUACGGGUGUCAAGACCGAUCGGGGACUAUCUGUGCUGUUAAUUGAGCGCGGAGAGGGUGUGGAAACGAAGCUUAUAAAGACCUCCUACUCGACAGUAGCAGGAACGACCUACAUUACAUACGACAACGUUAAGGUACCGGUAGAAAACUUGAUCGGCGAGGAGAACAAGGGCAUCUACGUUAUCUUGUCCAACUUCAACCACGAGCGGUGGACCAUGGCCUGCGGAUCCGUCCGUAACAUGAGAACUGUAGUGGAGGAGUGCCUCAAGUGGUCUCACCAGCGUAUUGUCUUUGGCAAGCGCCUGAUCGACCAGCCCGUCAUCCGCCUAAAGCUGGCCAAGAUGAUCGCGCUCGUGGAGUCGCACCAGUCGUGGCUCGAGACCAUCACCUACCAGAUGUGCAACAUGCCGUACAAGGACCAGUCGCGGUACCUGGGCGGCCCUAUCGGCCUCCUGAAGAUGUCCGUCACGCGGGCAGCCCACGAGAUCGCCGACGAGUCGAUGCAGAUCUUCGGCGGCCGUGGCCUGACGCAGUCGGGCAUGGGCCGGGUCAUUGAAAUGUUCCACCGCACGUACAAGUUCGACGCCAUCCUCGGUGGCGCAGAGGAGGUUCUGGGCGACCUAGGAGUCCGGCAGGCCAUGAAGGAGAUGCCCAAGUCGAUGUUGUAG